AUGGACCAUGCCGGCCGCCAUGAGCAGCUGCUUGACCGCCGCUUGCAGCUGACCGAGGGACUCUCCAGUCUGCCCUACGACUUGAUUCUGUAUCUCGAUCGCGCCGUCGUCCACUCAGACCUGGGAUAUCCCGACCUGGCCGCUAGCGAUGCUUACCGAGCCCUUCUCCUCGUCGACGAAGUCUUCAACGAAGGCUUCGAGUACCAUGAACAGGCACUGGAAUCCCUGCAGAUGCAUACUGCUGUGCCCCUCCCCGACGUCUUAGCCCACGGCAGCCUCGCCGCAGAUGAUCUUACCACUCUUCAAGACGACGCCAACGCAAGCCAGGAUGCCACCAGCCGCCUCGCAACCCUGGCUUCCGUUCGCUCAUACCAGAUCCUUUCCAUGGGUCUCCUGCUCUGCGGAUCUCUCCAGAGCGCCGCCAACUUUUGCCAACGGGGUCUCCAGUUGUCCCCCAAAAACCAGGAACUGCUCAACACCAAGGAGAACAUCAGCACUGUGGCCCGACGGAGACUCCGCCGCGACGAUGUCGAUAUCAGUACGGCCGACCUGCCUGACCAUGGCCACGUCCGUCGUGAAGUAUAUCCCUGGAAUGACCACGAGCCCGAUCGUUUCUCCCCCGAGUCCCUCGCGGACCUGAAUUCGCACUUGAGCCACAUGGCCCCGAAAUGCGCUGUUGAAGUGGCAACCCUGCCUGUGCUUUUAGAAGGAGCCAGCAACACUGACAACUACGAAAUUAUCCCUACGUGUAAACAGCUUGGUGUUUUCGCACAGGAGGACAUUGAGCCAGGUGAGGCUGUCCUCCGGGAGUACUCCCUCCUGACAGCCAACAACCGCCUCAAGGAUGCGCUCUGUGACGCCUGCAGCUGCGACUUGCCUCCCCUAGGCAGCAAGAACGAGUCCGUCAGCUGUCCCGACUGUUAUGACACCGUCUUCUGCACCCAGUACUGCUUCGACCAGGCCCAAGAGCGAUAUCACCCUGCUGUAUGUGAAAAAGACGUCGACGCCAUCGCCAAGGACCCCGAUGCCUUGGAAGCAGACGACACCCUCUACCUCCUACUCCUCACCCGCGUGCUGGCCAUCUCUGCUCACGAAGAAGUCCAUCCCCUAGAGGUCCGCGAGGUCAAGUACAUCUGGGGCGAUUUCGUCCCGACCCGCUUCAACGACAUCAACGUCUCGCCCAAUGCCGGCCCGCCGCCCGAGUGGACGUUACCCUUCUCGUUCAAGUAUAACAUCGAGACGCCACUCCACGUGCUUGAGAAGAUGGAUAUUGACAUCUACGCCACCCUGGCUGACUACGACCUCUGGACACUCAACACCCUCUACGCCAAGUUCCGCGGCACCGCAUCCGCCCGCAAGAGCCUGCGAGACGGCCGCCCAGACGUCGCCGCUGUUCACCCCUAUUGGUGCCUCGCCAACCACGACUGCGACCCCAACGUCACCUGGGAAUGGGGAGGCCGCAUGGUUCUCGAGGCCCGGCGCGAGCGCGUCGUGGGCGGCCGGCCGGGAGGCAUCAGGCGUGGCGAGGAGAUUCUCAACCACUACUGCGACGUCGACCUGCCCGUACAGCAGCGCAGGGAGUGGGCGAGCGGGAGCUUGGGCGGUUGGUGCAUGUGUAAGCGGUGUCGGGACGAGGCCAGCGAGGAGGCAAAUGUCGGCAAGGAAACCAAGGCAAGCGAUGAUGCAACAGCCGACGAGGCGAACCGUACUUGA